AUGCAACUACACCCGCCCACUGCUAUCACCGCGAACGCAGGCGGCGGUGUGGUGACUCCCCGCUCCAUACGGUACAUGGUUGCGGAUCCGAGACCUGAGCCCCACGCCCGCCGCCGCUACCCCUCCUCGCCGCUGUCCAAGCUGGCCGACGGCCUGGGACAGCUGUUGACUCCAGGGGCGCAUGGCGGGGGCGGUGUGGGUGCGGGCGGAGGGGACGGCGAGGGCUCUUCGACGGUAACCGGUCUGAGUGCCAAAGAGGUGGUGCUCAAUCGGCUACAGAUGGUGCUGAUUGCUGACCGGUGCGGUGUGUCUCCUGAGGACUUGUUGGAGAUGAAGGCUCAGACCCUGACCGCCCUGGCGGAGUACAUGGGCAAGGACCUGGAGGAGGACGUGGAGCAGCUGGAGGUGCAGGUCUCCGCGCUCAAACCCAACGGCGAGAAAGUCACCAUGACAAUCGGGUUUGCGGCCAUGCUUGCGGAUGAGCAGCUCCGAGACCCAAUACAAUACCAUUACGAGUUUGAGGACGAUGAUGACUAUUUCUUCCCGGAGGAAGACGAUGGCCGGGUAGCGGACAUUGCGGAGCCGCCCUCGAGCGCUCCGAAGGCCAUAUGGGGGGGCGUCGCCGCGCAGCAGAAGCAGCAGCAGCAACUGCAGCGGCAGCAUGCAGCUUCUAGAGGGGGUGCUGCUGCUGCUGCUGGAGCUGGAGCUGGAGCAGGGGAGGGCGGCACCUGCUAUUAA